AUGUCCCAGCACAGCACCAUCGGACCCGGCGAGUGGCUUAAGCCCCAGACCAGCCUUUACAGCACUGACGGCAACACCGAGCUACGUAUGCAAAGCGAUGGCAAGAUCGCCAUUUACCGCGACGGCGAGUGUGUCUGGCAGAACACUGCUGAGCAGCGCCCCGACGUCAAGGGAAUCAUCGACCAGGAUGAUGGAAACUUCUGCAUGUACACCACCGAAGGUACUCCUAUCUGGGCCACCAACACCGGUGGCCAGGGCAACAGCAACACCUUCCUCACUGUUCAGAACGAUGGAAACGUCGUCCUUUACAAGGUUUCUGAGGUUCUCUGGGCUUCCGGAACUAACAAAUAG